GGCCUCAAAAGAAAGCGGGAUUUUGCAAAUUCGAAGUUCAUAUGUUGCUUAAACCUUGAAAGCUUUUCGAAACCUCCGAAGCUAACAGAAAAAUUCUGAGGAUCAAUUUUCCACUUUUUCUCCAGAGGCUGAUAGUGUAAUACUUGCAUCAGAUGUCCAAAUCUUUCUGCUUCAUUUUCACAUUAGCAGAGAGAUCUUUCUCUUAUAUGAACUUGCUGGGUCCUCUGGUCAGAUCCAAAAUUUAGCCCGACAGUUCCUGGAAUUUUUUGGUUCUUGUUUUACAAAAGGAGAUUUCAGGUAGGUUGAGUUUCUAGCUGCAUUACCCAUUCCAGUAAAGAGCUUACACAUCAUUGAAUCUUUCUUUCUUGCACUCAAGAAGUUCAUGAAGAUGUGAAAUUCUGGAGGGGUGAAUUGUGAAUAUUUACAGACAGCAAUGGACUACAAUCUGGCAGCACUCAAGCUGCUAUGCAUACAUCUAAAGAAGGCCCAGCAAGUGAUUUCUGACUCCCAGUCCUCCUUCAGUCUUGGAGGUAUUCUGUUUCAGCGUGCUUGGAUCCAGGGCAUUUUAGUCUCGGCAGUGCCUUCCUCUUCCUCCACGGCCCCCAGUGAAACUGGCUGCCGCUUCCUCCUUGAUGAUGGCACCGGAAUCAUUGAACUCAUCCUGUCGGGUGAUUUCCGUAACCGCCAUUGGGAAACAGGAAUGUAUGUCAUGGUAGUUGGAGGUUAUUUUAUACAGACAGGUGAUGUACCCAUGAUUAAGGUUCACAAGAUUGUUGAUCUUUCUGCAUUUCCUGAUCGAGAGGCAAUGUGGUAUCUUGAAGUCAUGGAGGCCUUCAAACUUUUCUACCAGCCCUCUAUUUGAAGAGUAACAGAGGGAAAUUAGUCAGAUUGACAUAUUCAUGUUUGUUAAGCGAUACCCGUUGCUUUUUUUCCUUGUCUCAGGGGGAUAUGAUUAUUGAUAUUGUUCUUUGGCUUUAAUAGUGAGCUUUUGUUCUUUGUUUUUCUUUUUUCUUUUUUUGGAAUAUUAAGAGUGGUUGUUAAGUAAAAUUUA